CGCUGGCUCCUCCCCGCUUCCCUCAGCAGCUGAUCCUCAGCUGCAGCCCGCGCCUCCCGGCCCGGCUCUAGCGUGGCGCCGCCGCCGGUUAACUCGCUGCUGGAGCGGCGCGGGGGGACAGACACACUCGCCCCUGCGGGGGGACGGUAACGUUCGCCACUCCGGGGACGGACGGACACGUUCGCCGCUCCGAGCACCUUCUCGGGCAAGCACGCGUUCGCCGCUGCAGGAACUUGCAGGGCGCCGGACACACUCGCCGCUCCGGGGACCUUUUGGGGGAAGGACACGUUCGCCACUCGGAGGACCUGCCGGGGAACGGGACCCUGUACUUCUCAGGUAACAUCUGAUAGCGUGUCAGACAACAGGAGUGUUAUUCAAAGGGUGAUGUCCCUGAGGUGCUGCACAGACCCCCAGUCCCACCUUGCAGCUGACUGCAUGCUGCCUGUGCACAAAAUGAGCAGCUUGAAACUUUCAGGCCAUGAUGAAAUCCCACAAUGCCAUUUUGAGAGGAUGAGGUGAAGGGGGAGAAAAGGCAAUAAAAAAUGGCCAAGCAAACAGCUGUGACGAUUACUUUGGCGACCCUGCUGGGUGUAGCAUUGGGGGGCCUGGUUUUGUGGAAAGCGACCCAGCAUCGGAAAGGAAAAACACGCUGUAGUAGUCAGCAAGAGGAAGCAGCAGGAAAGUCAGGAGAUGAGAAACUCAUUAAGGCAGAGGAUAAGAAGGUGCUUUCCUUCUUCAGAGCUCCCACCUUUUUCUGGAUAGAGAGGACCCUUGGUGCAGACAUAGUGAUAGUUUCAGAUCAGGAGGAGUGGGAUCAUGCUGAACCAUUGCUGAAGAAGGAGAUGGAGAAGUGGCCAGUUCUUGGAAUUGAUUGUGAGUGGGUAUCUGUGGAGGGAAAAGCAAAUCCUGUAUCCCUCUUGCAGAUGGCUUCUUCCAGUGGCCUCUGCAUUCUUGUUCGAUUGCCCAGGCUUGUUGCCAGUGGCCAGACUCUUCCAAAGACCCUGGUGGACAUCAUGGCAGAUAGUGCUGUGUUGAAAGUUGGGGUAGGAUGCUGGGAAGAUGCUUGCAAAUUGCUUCAUGAUUAUGGUCUUCCAGUCAAAGGGAGCAUGGAUCUCCGGUAUUUAGCCAUGAGACAGCGGAAGGAUCUACUUCACAACUGCCUUAGCCUUAAGUCUUUAGCUGAAAAAGUCCUGAACUUCCCGCUUGACAAAUCUCCUCAUGUGCGUUGCAGCAACUGGGAAGCAGAAGAACUGACACAAGAUCAGGUUCUCUAUGCUGCUAGGGAUGCCCAGGUCUCAGUGGCUCUGUUCUUCCAUUUGCUGGGAUUUACCAGCCUCCCUGAUACAUCUGAAGGUGAAAACUCUGUCACUGCUUGGGAGAAAGCACGGGGUAAAUGCCAGGGCUUGGUGGAUAUCCCAUUUAGAGGAAGAAAGAGUGGCAGCACAGGAGAGGAGAAGAGUGGAGAGGGACGUUCCCCUCAGAAGACGAAGAAUCGGAAAUCUUGGGUGAAUGGUCAGCCCUCUGGCAAUCAGCAAAUGAGAGAUCCACGGAGGCAGAAGCGAAAGCCUCUGGGUGUGGGAUAUUCUGCAAGAAAAUCUCCACUGUAUGACAACUGCUUCCUGCAUGCACCAGAUGGACAGCCCCUGUGCACUUGUGAUCGCAAGAAGGCUCAGUGGUAUUUGGAUAAGGGGAUUGGAGAGCUAGUUAGCACAGACCCUUUUGUUGUGAAGCUGCGUUUUGAGCCUUCAGGACGUCCUGAGUCUCAAGUUGAUUAUUAUCUGACAGUCAAAGAAAACCUCUGCGUUGUAUGUGGCAAGCGAGAAUCCUAUAUCCGGAAGAAUGUUGUUCCUCACGAAUACAGAAGACACUUCCCCAUCCAGAUGAAGGAUCACAACUCGCACGAUGUGCUCCUGCUCUGCACAUCCUGCCAUGCCAUCUCCAAUUACUAUGACAACCACCUCAAGCAGCAGCUGGCCCAGGAGUUUGGGGCUCCCAUCGGCUCCGAGGAGGGUGUGCGUCUCCUGGAGGACCCUCUGCGCAGGCAAGUGCGCUCGGGGGCGCGCGCCCUGCUGAAUGCAGACAGCCUGCCUGACCCCCGCAGGGCAGAGCUGCUGCAAAGCAUCAAGGACUUCUAUAACACAGAUACAGUCACUCCAGAGAUGCUCCAGGCAGCAGCUGGUCUGGAAACCAGGAUCUGCAAUGAGAGCUACGUGCCACAUGGACUGAAGGUGGUUCAGUGUUGUGCUAAAGGAGGCCUGCGCUCUCUCAUGCAGCUGGAAAGACGCUGGCGGCAGCAUUUCUUGGACAGCAUGAAGCCCAAACACCUCCCAGAGCAAUGGUCAGUGGACCAUAACCAUGUGAAGUUGAUCCAAAAGUAUGGGGAGGAUCUUCAGAUCAAGCUGUCAUGAAACUAACUUCCUGGACUCUGGAUAGUGUCUAAUGGACAUAUGUAACUGAAGAUGGAAAGACUAUUUUUAUUUCUAUGUCUCCACUAACACCUGGGGCCUGGGUUUGCAAAAAGACAGCAGUAGGUCUGCCAGAUUUGCCAGUUAAAUUUGGCAGUUUGUAGAAUUAAAUCCAUUAACUUGAACUUUCAGCUAGUUUGGAAGUUUAAUCCUAGUCUGUCACUUACUAGUUCAGGGAAGAAGUGAUAUGAUAAGGGAACUUGUCAUCUCAAAGUGACUAUGAAGAAUCAUUUUCUUGCUCCUAGGAUGUCUGAUGCCUCCAGACCAUCUCUCAUAAUAGAGUUCAGAGAAGGGCAACAAAAGCACAAUAGAUGAAUGUUUCUAGAUUUUUCUGACAUACCUUUGUGCCCUUGGCUUUACCUUGAGGCCAACAGGAGCAGGGAGGUCAUUCUUCCCCUGUACUCAGCACUGGUGAGGCCACACCUUGAGUGCUGUGUCCAGUUCUGGGCCCCUCAGUUUGGGAAGGACGUUGAGACACUUGAGCAUGUCCAGAGGAGGUCAACGAGGCUGGUGAGGGCUUGGAGCACAAGCCCUGUGAGGAAACGGCUGAGGGAGCUGGGGGUGUUUAGCUUGGAGACUCAGAGGUGACCUUAUCACUCUCUACAACUUCCUGAAAGUGGUUGUAGUCUGGUGGAGGUUGGUCUCUUUCUCCAGGCAGCAACUGACAGAACCAGAGGUCACAGUCCUAAGCUGCACCAAGGGAAAUGUAGGUUGGAUAUUAGGAAAAAGUUUUUUACAGAAAGGGUGAUAAAAUAUUGGAAUAGUUUGCCUGGAUGUUGGUGGAGUCACCAUCCCUGGAUAUGUUUAAAAAAAGACUGGAUUGUGGCACUCAGUGCCAUGGUCUAGUUGAGGUGUUCGGGCUGGGUUGGAGUUGAUGAUCUUGAAGGUCUCUUCCAACUGAAUGAUACGGUGAGGAUCUUCGUGAUAAAAAUCUUUCUUUGUUUUCAGUGCAAUUGUAUUCCUAGGAGUUCUUUCUAGAGAAGAAACCCUGCCAGAGAGAGAUUCAUUGUAUCGAAGAAGCAAAGAAGCCCUAUUUUUUUGCAGAUUCUGAAUGUCUCAGCAUUGCAGAUAGGCCUCAGCAAGUUUCCUGGUGGCAGGUGCCUGAUGAGAAGUGACACUCUGGCAAUAUGAAAAUACCCAUGUCAAGUCUUUUGUUAAACAGCUUCCAGUAACACAGAGUUUAUAAAAAAUGUUUUUCCUAAUUCUGCUUGUUUGUUGUGAGCAGUGUGCUCACAUGUGCAGGGCUGCUACAGAGACAGGGUGGCAUAACUCCUAUGACUGGAGUGUUGGAAUGGAAGGAUGCAGGCCCUUUAGGAAGAACAGGCACUGGAGGCAAGGAGGAGAUGUCACCUUCUAUGUCAGUGAUUGGAUGGAGCACAAAGCUCCAUCCAGAGCGCAUGCAGCUCAGCCUAAGAAUGGAUGAGGAGUCCAUCAAGAGCUUAUGGGUCAGGAUUAAAGGGAGGGCAGGGACAGGUGACAGAGGGGAUCUGCUACAGGUUGCCCGGCCAGGAGGACUGAGUGGAUGAACCCUCUACAGAUAAGAGCAACCUUAUGUUCACAAGGCCCAGUCUUCAUAGGGGACUUCAGCCACCUCAUAUCUGUUGGAGAGGCAACCCAGCAGGGCGUAAGCAAUUCAGGAAGUUCCUAGAAUGCAUUGAUUACUUUUCCAGAAAGUCAGCUGCAUCAUGGGCUGCAUCAAAAGAGGCAUGACCAGCAGAUCAAGGGAGGUGAUUCUUCCCCUCUAUUCUGCUCUUGUGAGACCACCUGGAGUACUGUGUCCAGCUCUGUGGCCCUCAUCAUAAUAGAGCAAGUCCAGAGGAGAACUACUGAAAGAUUAUGAGACGGCUGGAACACCUCUCCUAUGACUUUCUACAAGAGUGUGUAGUGAUAGAACAAGGGUUAAUGGCUUUAAACUGGAAGAGGCUAGGUUUAAAUUAGGUACUGGGAAGAAAUUCUUUACUGUGAGGGUGGUGAGGCUCUGGAACAGCUUGCCAGAGAAGCUGUGAAUGCAUCAUCCCUGGAAGUGUUCAAAGCCAGGUUGGAUGGAGCUAUGAGCAACCUGGUCUAGUGGAAGGUAUCCCAGUCCAUGGCAGGGAUGUUGGAACUGGAUGUUCUUUAGAGUCCCUUCCAACCCAAACCAUUCAGUGAUUCUUUGAAUAGCACUUGGUGAGUACCUUUUCAUAUCAGACUGAAAUAAGGACAGGUGUCUUAAAACGAAUGAGAGGAAACAAUUUAAAUUAAAGACCAGAAGCUUUUAAGAGAUCUGACCACACAUGGCAAAAAAUGGAAAAUUUGAUGUUGUACCUGGAUCUGACAUGUGUGGUGGUGAGCGGGUUAUACUCUCUUCAUGCCUGUUUCUCUGUCUCUAAAAUGGGACUAAUAAUACUUAACUAUCUCACAAGGGUGUUGUGAGGCUUAAUUAAUUCAUGUUUUUGUAAAUGCUUUGACAAUGUAAGCUAGUGUGUGCUCAUUAUUGUUUUUUAAGAUGUGCUGCUGUCUAACUUCCUUAAAUAUUCCUGUUUUUUGUCUGGUGCUAGACCUUAGUUAAAGAUAACUUUUUAAAAAUACACACUCCUUUCUGUACAAUCCCUUUUGAUGAUUUUGAUUGCAUGAGAUGAGUGUGCUUCUACUGAAUGAUGAAGCUAUGCUCAACUUUUAUAUGCCUCUGCAAAGAAGUGUCAGUAAAACCCUUAUCUUCCCACUGCUGUGUAUAGUGCAGUUGACCCACAUUUUUUUAUAACAUUUGGGCAGAAUCCUGGACCUGCUGUGAUUGUGGCUGAAACUGUCCCUUAUCAGAUAAUUCAAGAAAUUUCACAGGCCAGGGGUAAAAACCCUGUUUGUAGCAGAGACUAUUUGAGAUAAGUAGGAGCCAUGGAGAGAAAUGGUACAUUAAUGCCAUCCCAGAGGAGCUGCAAUAGCAGUGUGAGGAAUCAAAGAUUCAUGAUAAAUACUAUUUAUCACAGAGCUGGAAAUGAGAUAAUUUUCAUUAUAAGGGCAAUUUUUUCCCUGUACCACUGGCAAGUCUUAACAAAAAAAUCAUCUAGCCAAAUGUGGUAUGUCUCUGUGUUCAUUCACACAGCUGAUUAUAAUCCCAGCAUGACCUUCCUGCCUACAGCAGCAGUUUGGAUAUAACUUUUUCUCUCCAAAGCAUUUUGAGCAUGUGUUCAGAUAGUGCUAUAUCCUGUCUCCAUCGGAUCGGGGUGUUGAGAGCUCUCUGCGUGACUCAGAAACUCCUUUUCUGUCAUCAGGAGUACAAGGUGUCCAUUUCACCUCUUUGUUCUGCUUUGUUUUUUCUCCCUUUGUUCUGAUAUAGAAACUCCUGAUCAAACUCUUUAAUGGAACCAAUUGGCUGACCACAGGGUCAGGUCUUUUCUGUUUGUGAGACAAGAAAGCAAUGUGGAGACAAGAACUGGACUGCAGAUCCUGUAUUUUUUGAGGAGCCAGUGGUAUCAUUGAAGAGGGUUUUUUCCAAAUCACUUGUUCAGAAAUAGAAACUAGCAAGGAGAACUUCCUCCACAAAUAUUUUCUAAACUAAGAUUCUUUGUUGUUUUUAAGAUAUCCUUAACCUGCAUAAUUUCAAUUAAAUCUGAAAGAAGAGGAGAAGUAAUAUAUUUAUUAUGCAGAAAUAGAUGGGCUUUAUUUUAUUAUGAUUUUAAAUUUUCUACUAGUCUAUAGAUAAAACUUCUUUGUAUGUCUCUGUUGCUAAUUGUUACAGUCUAUAAAAAUUUACUCUUUUACCAGA